AUGUCUUUCCUGAAGCCGGGGAGCACGCCCUCCGCUCCAUCGCCCACGCUGUCAAACUCGUCGCAGACGGGCAAAAAGCGCCCGCGCCCCGACGCCAACGUCCCGGUUUACUCGCAGCCGAGCAACACCAACACCGGCGAGAAGACCAUCACCCGUGUUACCUACGCCCUCGACUAUCUUAGGGAAAACGAUAGACCCAUGCUCUUCGAAAACGUCUUCAACUUCCUCUCUAUUCAGCUGCCGGGUGGCCCCGGUGCGAAGCCUAGACCGGCGCCCAAAGGUGGACGUGACUGGAAUGUGUUGGAGUUCAUCCUACAGCGCCACGAGAAGGUUGAAUAUGAUGCGGCCGGCCUCAACGGGCUUGGUUCCUACCGCUACCGCCCAAAGCACAAUGUACGCUCCGCAGAGCAGUUAAAGGGUCUCCUACAACGGCAGACGAGUUCGGUGGGCAUCAAGGUCGCGGAGCUGAAGGACGGUUGGCCGGGAGCACUUGACGCCAUCGAAGAGCUCGACAAGAAGGGAGAGAUUUUGGUCACUCGGAACCAAAAGACGAACUCACCCCAAUUAGUUUGGCAAAAUGACCCCUCUCUGUCGCACAACAUCGACGCGGAGUUCCGCAGCAUGUUCCUGAGCAUCGCGCUUCCGGCCAACCCCGACGACAUGCGCUCUAGGCUGGAAGCAGCUGGUCUCAAACCUGUCACUGCUCCAAGGGAUGUCAAGCCACUCAACAAUCAACCGCAGAAGAAGAAGAAGAAGGCGCCGAGGAAGGGCAUGAAGACUUCCAAUACCCACAUGCUGAACGUCUUCAGAGACUAUUCGGACAAGAAGAAAUAA